AUGAAUUUUUGAGUGCUUUGGGUAGCACAGCCCGAGUAUGCUGUAACUGUUGUAAAACAAGGAAGUAAUUUUUUGUUUUCCUAGAGCUAAUAAUCCUUAGAAUUGCUUUUCAGCUAGUGGUGAAGAAAAGCAGAUUCAAACUGCAUGUAAAUUGUCUACUAUAGAUUUCAUUAUCUUGGAAGUGUUUUAUAAGCCUCAGGAGGUUACUGGGAUUGAAAAACGGUUGAAAAGACUACGCAACCUCACUGUUGUUGUGGCUUUUGAAACUUGUUUAUGUUGGAAACUGAGUGUUGGCAUAAAUAGCUGGCAGCCAGUUUACAAGUAAUUCUGAAUGAAAAAAAACACUUGCAAGAAAAACCCUUAGUGGUUCAGUGGAGUAUCUUAGACCAAUGACAGAGACCACAAAGAAAGAUUUCAUGUUAAUUUUUUACUGUGUGGUCUGGGGAGACAGGUGGCAAAGAUGACUGUUGUUGCAGGCUGCAGAAAACAGUACUUUGAUCUUGAGGCUCUGUCAAUUCAGAUGCUUAAUUUUUUUUUCCCUCAAAGUUUUUAUAAUGUAUCUGUUGUCAGGGAAUCCCAGCCAGAGAGCUGCUGUUGGAUAAAAUGAGCCUGCUGCAGUAGUAUGCAGUAAUGGUGCUGCUGUUGCACUCAGUCUUAAGAAAAUUACAGCUUGGCAGGUGUUAGCUCUCAAUUCAGUAGCUGGGGUAGGGGCAGAACUCUGAUUAAAUACUUGUGACUGAUCCAGCUGAAAUGUGGUAAUGUGAGCAGCACUUUCCCCAAACAAAAGCUUGCACUGUACUCUCACAGGAUCACCCUACUGCUAAUGUAGCCGUAGCCAUAGUUCACAUCAGUCUGUGUCACCUUCCAGUUUUUUCAAGUUAGACCAAGAACCUACUAAGAUGCUUCAGCUGCUGUGUGAUUGUGUUGAUUAACCAAAUAAAGAUCUCUAAGCCAGUGAUUCUUUGAAUGGGUCUGGCACAAUGCUAAAACCAGCUCAAAAGUGCCUGUCAUGUCCCUUGUUUUCUUACAGGAAAUACCUCGAGGUUUUAAACAGUUCUGUUAAAUCACCUUUGCUGUGUGUUUUCCUCAGCCUUGUCCUACCCAAGUUUCACAUAAAGAGAGCGAAUGUAAGGCUUUUCAGGAGCCAUGAUUGAAUGUGUAGUAAAUGGAAAAAAGUCUGUGCAGACAAAUUUAUUUGCCUUACCUCAUUGUUCCUCUUGUCCAAAAGAUAGAAGUAACUUAAGUCUAAUCCAUCCUCAACUGGCUUGGACCAUAAUAUCCUAAUUUUAAUAUGCAUUAUAAUAGUGAGUUAGUAGGAUGGCUAAGCAUGAUAUGAAUAGUCUUAUGAAGACAUAACAUCUUAUCUAAAGCUUGUGGCUGGAAUUGCAAUUUCAAAGCACUCUUUCUGCCCCUGCAGUCUCCAAAAUAAAACACAGCAGAAAAGAGAGAUUCUUAUGAUUUGCAGGUCCUGUGUUCAUUACCUUGAUGCUCUUGUUUUUUUGAUGAAUCUUCCUUUUUAGGAUAGUGAUGAUGGCUGACAGUCAUAGUUAUGAUGAAUGUGUUAGUCUUCUACGUUUCCUGGUAGAAAAGUUUUAUGAGGCCCAUUACUUCAAGAAAAGGUAUUUUUGUAGCAAGCUUAGUUCUGCAUACUCUGUAGGUGCCACAUUUUCCUAUGCAAGAGGUAGAGGGGGAGUUGUGCUGAAAUAUGUUUAAUCCUUGCAGUUUGGUAACUGAGUACAUUCUGCAGAGAACUUCUUGAUAACAAAGUAAAUACAGCUGACAAACUUCCUUCUUUGAAGGAGUUCUACUUUAUAUGUAGACAUACUAGUUUCAUGUUUAAAACUUUCCACUUUAGAGAGAAAAUAAACUAAAAUAGCAGAUUAUUGUUGUAAUAUAAUUCUAAAGUCUCUUUGUCUUUUUUUUUUUACAUUGCGACUAGGAUUUUUAAAAUGGUAGGAGAGGGAAAGCCACUAGAUGUUGAGCAUUGAUAUUAAAAUAAAUGAUUGCCUUAGCGAAUCGUGCAUUAUAAUAAAAAUACAUGCCAGGAAUACUUUAGCUAUAUUGAAUAUUUUCUCCCUGAAUAUUUUGUCUUUAUUAAGGAAUCUUAAUACCUUGGAUAUAAAAUCAUGUUAUCAUAUGCCAUUAGCUUAAGAGCUGGAUACCUCAGUGGGUGCUUACGAUUCCUAGGCAGAAAGAUUAAUGCAUAUCCUUUAUGUAUGUAUGCUGUGUUCUGUUGGAAUAGUUGAGCUAUUAUUUCAAAACAAGGGGCCUCAUCUUGGGUGUUAUAACUUCUUCUUUAGAGAUAUCUUGCAAUGAAGGCACCUGCUAUAUGCAGCUAUUUCAAUUAGGCUUGCAACUAUCAAGUAUGUACUUCAGUCGUUGGGAACAGGCGUGUCAUUCCCUUGCCUCAAGAAACUGUGUAGUGUUGGCUGCAGUGUGGCUCUUCAGAAACUCGAUUACAGCCUCUGAGCUGGGAUUACAUCAUACAGCCAUCGGUUAUGCUUAUGCUGGUACGUGAACUCCUAGGUAGCCUGAACCCACAGCUGCAAAGGGAAGUGGGACACCAGGGCUGCUGAAAAAGAAAUCUGCAGCUCACUCUGGGAAUACAGCUGCAUUUCUGGCCCUAUUCUGCAAUUACAGUGGAAUUGUUGGGAAGCUGUUAUAUUCAGAGGGUGGGGACAUCUCAUCUUGCAGAGCAAAAGGGAUGUGAUAUGUUUUAUGGCUCCAAGCUGCAGGAGUACCUAACCAUAGCAACCAAAGUAGGGAAAGGCUGGCCAAGCCUGCAAUAAUUACAGUAACUGAGAUAUUGCUGCUUUGGUGCAACUAUAUAAUUGAAAACUUACCCUGUUUCUGAAUAUUAAAUAAAUGAGAUUUUCAUCCAAAGAACCAGCUUGAUAGCACUUUCCAGUGCAAAAAUAGCCCAUUUCCUCCCAGUCCUUGCUUUACUAGUCCUUAGCUGUGUAAACCAGCUUGAAGGGCAUUCUCAAAUUCAAAGUUAGGAUUGAGGUGCCCAAAAUAAACCUUAUGGAAGGAGCUUAAGGCUGUGAAUGAAAAGGGGGAAGAUUCUAUUUAACGUGACUACUUGAAGUAAUAGUUCCUCAUCAUGGCUGAACUAUCGCAUGAAGAAAUUCAGCUGAGGGCCAACCAGGUCACUGAUGAGUCUUUGGAAAGCACAAGGAGGAUUCUUGGCUUGGCCAUUGAGUCCCAGGAUGUUGGUAUCAAAACUAUUACCAUGCUGGAUGAACAGGGAGAACAACUCAAUCGCAUAGAAGAAGGUAUGGACCAGAUAAAUAAGGAUAUGAGAGAAGCUGAGAAGACACUGACAGAGCUCAACAAAUGUUGUGGGCUCUGUGUCUGUCCUUGUAACAGGACGAAGAACUUCGAGGCUAGCAAAGCAUACAGAGCAACCUGGGGAGAUGGAACGGAGAACUCUGCAGAUCAUGUGAUAUCCAUGCAACCAAGAAGUAUAAAUCAACAGCAGCCUCAGAACUCUGGAGGACCAAGUGGUGGAUAUAUUACCAGGAUAACAAAUGAUGCCAGAGAAGAUGAAAUGGAUGAAAAUCUUGCUCAAGUGGGAAAUAUUCUUGGGAAUUUGAAAAACAUGGCUUUGGAUAUGGGCAAUGAGAUUGAUGCCCAGAAUAAACAAAUAGACCGGAUAAAUGUAAAGGCCGAUACAAACAGGGAACGUAUUGAGCAAGCCAACAUCAGAGCCAAGAAACUAAUUGACAAUUAAAGCCUGCUGUCAUGGUUCAAUGACAUGGUCUCUCCAGCUGCAAGCCACCAUAUUCAUGGAUCUGUGAAACUUCUAUUCUGAAAUAAGAGGGGCUGGGAGAAAUGAAGCAGUACUCUUUCUAUAGGGAUUGAUUUUCUUUUACGUUUUUAUUGCUUCAUGUAAACAUGGCUGUGACUCCAAGAAAGCAGCCAAUGUAACUUCCUCCUACUCAUCUGCCUUCACGUUCUUUAAACUGCUCAGGGCUAAAAGGUUAUGGCUUUGAGAAUCUUUUUGCAUGCUUUAUUCCCCUCUCCCAUGUCUCUCUCUUUAUUUUUUUUUUCCUGCACCUAAAAUAUAGUCCUUCAUUGAAGAUGAACAAGCAGGGUAACCUGAAUUCACGGUUGUGGAAUGCUGGAGAGGGCACUAUGCACUGUUUGAAAUACCUCAUAAGUUGAGUGUCUUCACUAAAAUAGGGACUUGGUGAAUAUUGUCUGACUUGUAUCUCUAGCAGGCUAACCAUAGUUUUACAAUCCAAACCACAUAAUUGAUUUGGGAUUGAGUUUGUGGAUUACAGAAUUGAAGAGGCCCACUACUUAAAGGUUGAGGGUUUAAAACACUUCCUAACCACACAAACAUUAAAGGUAACUGAAGGGAUAGGCAGGUUGCCAUUUCUUUACUAUGAAUUGACGUUGAUUUGGAGGUCAUGACUAGGAAAUUGUGCUGCAUUGUUCUGAUAAUUGUUGUGUGUAUAUAUGCCUGAUCUAAACCCCCUGCACAUGUGAGUAGAAGAAAAUAAAACUAUCUCCUUGAAGUAUUUAUUUGAUGGAAAAUUUUAUGCCCCACGUUUAAAAGUUAACUCUUAGUGUUUGAAUGAUGCAUCUUCACUGGAAGAAACUGAAUAGAAAAGCAUGCAGCUUUCUCACAUCCCAUAUGAGACUCUGUUUUGGCCAGUUUUCGCUGGAGUUCAGAUUAUGCCUUUUUCCAGUGCAAAAUAAUGACUGAGAUGUGGUGCAGAGUUUGCUCUCAGUGGUGACUUUGGGGGAGCUUCUUAAACAUAUAGAAAACAGAAGCUUACUAUGAAACUUCUUUGUCACAAGUCUGGAGGAAGCAGAACCUAUUUAUGAACUGUAUGCUAGUUCUAAAUAAACUAGUUCUAAAUAGA